AUGCCUCCCAAGGUCGCCAAAGCCGAAAAGGCAGAGAAGUCCGCUGCCCCCAAGGCUGAAGAGGCUCUCAACCCCGAAUCAAAGCUGAUGUGGGCUGUUCUCUGCGAGCUGUCCAAGGAAGGCAAGAUCGCCGGCAUCAACUGGGAGGAGGUGAAGGGUCCGAUCGAGGCAACAACCGGCCAUGCUGCUCGCCAACGCUGGGAUGUUCUCAAGAAGAAGAUGCAGACUCGUGGCUCUGAGCUCCCGGCUUCUCGUGCUCCCGGCGAGGCCAAGGCCAAGGUUACCAAGCCGAAGGCUCCCAAGAAGGAAUCUGGCGUCAAGAAGCCCCGUGGAAAGAAAGCCAAGGAGGCUGCUGAGGCUGCUGAGGCUGCAGCCAAGGAGGAGGCUCAAGAUAGCGGUGGAGAAGGCGAAGAAGAGACUCAGGAUGCUAACAGCGAGGAUCCUAUGGAAGACGAGUCUUCUUAAGUGGUCUGCGGGGAUG